CCGGGCGCUGUUUGCUCCCAGCUCCCUCACAGUGCUCCCAGUAAGAGCGGGACUCCAAGGGAAAGCGCUCCCAAUUCCUUCCCGCUGAUCUCAGGAUCGCUCUCGGUGCUCCCAGGAUCGCUCCCAGUGCCGCGCGGGACGGGCCCGCUGUGAAACCCGCCCAGGGCAGAGCGCGGCUGCUUUUGGGGGUCUGCAUUGCCCGGGCCGGGCUGGGAGCGGAGGAGGAGUAGGAGGAAGAGGAGGGACAGAGGAGGAGGAGGAGGAAGAGCAGCACCAACACGCCGCGGUUUCCCCGCUCAGCCCGCCGCUCCCCCGGAUCCGCCAGCAUCGCCCUCUCCGCCGGAACCGGCAGGAUUCGUUAUUCCCAAACCUUGGCAGGAUGAAAAAGGAGGAGGCCGUGAGCAAGAGGAAGAUGGCCCGGGAGCCCCAGGCAGAGAAGGAGCUGAGGAUGGAGAGCAGGAGGGACAAAUCCCCACAGCAGAACCUCGUGGAAGAGGCUGUUUUGAGCAGCUCCACAGCACAGGAAUCCAAUGGGGAGGAAAAGCCCCGGAGAUCCCUCCUGAGGAGGGGCUGCAAACGCAGAUCACGGGGAUCCGAGGAGGAAAGACCCAACCUGGACCAGGGAGGCGGCCGGAGCUCAGAGCUGGGGGUCCAUGAGCAGCUUCAGGAUGGGGAGAAGCCCCAGAAGUGCCCAGAAUGUCGGAAGAGCUUCAGCAAGAGAUCCUACCUGAUCUGCCACAUGAAAAUUCUCACAGGGGAAUGGCCUUAUGAGUGUGAUAAAUGCAAGAAGAGAUUUCAGAGCAGCUCCUCUCUCCUCCAGCACUAUUGGAUUCACACAGAUGAGAGGCCCUUCCAAUGCCGUGAGUGCGGGAAGGGCUUCACCCACAACUGCGAUCUCGUCACCCACCGGCGCAUCCACACCGGGGAGAGGCCCUAUGAGUGUUCUGAGUGUGGGAAGAGCUUCAGUGUGAGCUCCAGCCUGAUCGUGCACCAGAGGAUCCACACUGGGGAGAGGCCCUACGAGUGUGAUAAAUGCAAGAAGAGGUUUCAGACCAGCUCCCUUCUCGUCGUGCACCAGCACAUUCACUCAGACAAGAAACCCUUCCACUGCCCUGACUGCGGGAAGGGCUUCAAGCACAACUCUGCUCUCAUCAGCCACCGGCGCAUCCACACUGGGGAGAGACCCUACAAGUGUGGGCAGUGUGGGAAGAGCUUCUCCCACAGCUCUCAGUUGACUAGACACCAACGGAGCUCACCGGACGCCGCCGCCAUCGCUCCGGACCCUCCCGGCUCUCACAUAACCGAGCAAACCCCGCGCUGCUCCCGCCCACCAAUCCCAGCGCGCGAUCGCUCCCGUAUUUGCAUAACCACACCCUGCGGUUUGGCCCCGCCCAUCGCCGGCUGCAGCCGCCUCCGGGCGCUGUUUGCUCCCAGUUCCCUCCCAGUGCUCCCAGUAAGAGCGGCACUGGCCGGGAAAGCGCUCCCAAUUCCUUCCCGCAGCUCUCAGGAUCGCUCCCAGUGCCGCGCCUGGGGCGGUUGUUUCGGAACCCGCCCAGGGCAGAGCGCAGCUGCUUCUGGGUGUCGGCACUGCCCGGGCCGGGCUGGGACGGAGGAGGAGCGGGAGGAAGAGGAGGGAGACCGGAACAAGAGAAGGAAUAUGAGCAUCCCCAACACCACGGGACUCCCCCGCCCGCACGCUCCGGCUGCAUCGCCCCCCCGGAACCCGCAGGAUUUCCCAUUCCCAAACCUUGGCCUGAUGCAGGAGGAGGAGGAGGCCGCGAGGAAGAUGUCCCGGGAGCCCCAGGCAGAGAAGGAGCUGAGGAUGGGGACCAGGGAGGACAAAUCCCCACAGCAGAACCUCGUGGAAGAGGCUGUUUUGAGCGGCUCCACAGCACAGGAACCCAACGGGGAGGAAAAGCCCCGGAGAUCCCUCCUGAGGAGGGGCUGCAAACGCAGAUCAUGGGGAUCCAAGGAGGAAAGACCCAACCUGGACCAGGGAGGCGGCCGGAGCUCAGAGCUGGGGGUCCAUGAGCAGCUUCAGGAUGGGGAGAAUCCCCACAAGUGUUCAGAAUGUGGGAAGAGCUUCAAGUUCAGAUCCAAGCUGAUCCGCCACAUGAGAAUCCACGUUGGGGAAGGGCCCUACAUAUGUGGGGAGUGUGGGAAGAGCUUCAGGAUGAACUCUGAACUGACCAUCCACCAGAGAAACCACACCGAGGAACAGCCCUACGAGUGUGAUAAAUGCAGGAAGAGGUUUCAGACGAGUUCCUGUCUCGUCAGGCAUCAGCGGAGUCACAGAGAUGAGAGGCCCUUUUGCUGCCCCCAUUGUGCAAAGGGCUUCAAGGACAAGUUUGUCCUCAUCACCCACCUGCGCAUCCACAGCGGGGAGAGGCCCUACAAGUGUCCUGAGUGUGGAAAGAGCUUCGCCCAGCACUCCACCCUGACUGCCCACCUGAGGACCCACACGGGGGAACGGCCCUACGAGUGUGCAGAGUGUGGGAAGGGCUUCAGGACGAGCUCUGAACUGACCAUCCACCAGAGAAGCCACACUGGGGAACGUCCCUAUGAGUGUGAGGAGUGUGGGCAGAGCUUCCACAAGAGCUGCCACCUGACCCGGCACAUGCGAAUCCACACAGGGCUGGAACGGCCAUACAAGUGUGGGGAGUGUAAGUGUGGGCAGUGUGGGAAGAGCUUGAGGUCGAGGUCUGAACUCAUUGUCCACCAGCGGAGCCACACCGGGGAGAGGCCCUUCGAGUGUGGGGAGUGCGGGAAGAGCUUCAUGUCAAAGUCCCACCUGGUUGGCCACCAGAGGAUCCACACUGGGGAGAGGCCCUUCGAGUGUGAUAAAUGCAAGAAGACGUUUCCAAUCAGCUCCAGUCUCAUUCUGCACCAGCAGCUUCACACAGAUGAGAGGCCCUUCCGCUGCCCUGACUGCGGGAAGGGCUUCACCCGCAACUGCAAUCUCAUCACCCACCGGCGCAUCCACACCGGGGAGAGGCCCUAAGAGUGUUCUGAGUGUGGGAAGAGCUCAGAGAGGUCUGCCUUGACCAGACACCAACAGAGCCACCACUAAGGGCAGCCUUGUGAGCGCCCCAAGUGCAGGAAGACCUUCGUGCCUGUGACACCCUUUGUCCUCUGAUUUUGGGUCCUUUUCCCCCACUUUGAUAUGUUUCUCUCUGUUUUGGAUCCUUUCCCCCUCUUUUGCGUCCCUUCUCCCUAUUUUGUGUCUUUUCCUCCCUAUUUUGGAUCCUUUCUCUGUCAUUUGGGUCCUUUCACUGUUUUGGGUCACUUCCCCCCUAUUUAGCGUCUGUUCCCCCCUAUUUUGGAUCCUUUCCCUCUUUUUCAUCCUUCCUCCCAAUUUUGGGCAUCCUCCCCUUUGACUUUGGCAAAUUUUUGGGUGCAUCUCACCCUGCAACCCCUCCCCACUCCUAAACCCCCUUCACCCCCCACCCCUGUCCACCCAGGCAUGUCCCCAGCUGUGUUCCUAACUGUCCCCCCAUGCCACAUGGACUCAGUGCUCGCUAUCCUGGAUGCCCUUGAGUCCCCAGCCCAGGACUGUGGAUCUCCUUUUCCAGGAGUUCCAGAGCUGGCCUGGCUUCCAGGGCACACCAGUGGCACUGGGGCUCGGGGUGGGUGGCCUGGUGGGAUUGCUGGGACGGGGUUUGGGGUCAUCUUGGCACUGACUGAGGGUCUUGUCCAAUCUGCAGUGAGGAGUGGCCCUGGCCAGAGAGUAUGGGAUGGAUGGGAGCAGGAGAGGUUGGACCCUGGUCCAGAUGGACACGAGACCAUGGAUCCCACUCUGGAUGGACACUGGUCCAGAUGGACACCAGAGCCAUGGAUCCCACUCUGGAUGGACCCUGGUGCAGAUGGACACGAGACCAUGGAUCCCACUCUGGAUGGACCCUGGUCCAGAUGGACACCAGAGCCAUGGAUCCCACUCUGGAUGGACCCUGGUCCAGAUGGACACCAGAGCCAUGGAUCCCACUCUGGAUGGACCCUGGUCCAGAUGGACACCAGAACCAUGGAUCCCACUCUGGAUGGACACUGGUGCAGACGGACACCAGAGCCAUGGAUCCCACUCUGGAUGGACACUGGUCCAGAUGGACACCAGAGCCGUGGAUCCCAGCUGGAUUCUGAUCUGGAUAGUGCCUGGCCCUGCAGCCCUCCAACCUGGCCUGUCCCCAGGCCAGAUGACCACCAGCCUGGCCACAUCCUGGCCCAUCCCACUGUCCCACCAGCCCAUCCCAGUAGCCCCCAACCCAAAAUCCCCCAAAAUAAACCCAAUGCUAUAACAUCAGCUCCACAUGGUCCCUGCAGAGCGAGAGGGAAACUGAGGCAAGGCCUGGGGAGGUGACUUUGUGGUGACAGGAGGGGACUUUGGGACCCACCCUGGAGACCCCAGAAAGAGCACCCACCCCCCAAAUUGUCGCCACAGCAUUGGUGUCACCCAGCUGUCACUGCAGGAGCCAUCAGCUGUCCCUCCAGGACCCACUGUGACCCUGCAGUCCCUUUGAGGGGUGACCCACGGUGUCCCCUCAGUGUCACUGGCAUGUCCCCAGUGGGAGCAGCGGCAUCACCUCCUGGGGCACAGGUGAGGGAGGAGGAGGUGGGGGGGGGGGCAGUGGCAUCCUUGGGGGCAUGGAAGUGGUUAGGGAGACACCAAAAAUGUUGUUGUCACUUGCCCCCCACUGUAGGAUGUGGGCCACUCUCUGUUUUAGGGCACUGGUGACAAAUUGGAGGGUGGCGGUGACAAAAAGCACAGGUGCCACCUCGGGGAUGGCACAGAGAGGGGUCCUGUGGUGCCACCAAGCCCCCCCCCAGGCUGAGGGAGUGACAAAGGGGGGGUUGGCAGGGGGGAGGGCAAGCGUGGCAGGGGUGCCACAGAAAUGCCCCCGGUUCACCUGUGCCCGGGAUGUGGGGGUGGCAGAGCUCCGGUCACCCUGUCUCCCUGGCAGCCUGUCACCGUGACCGUGUUCACAGGGGUCUUAGGAUGAGGGAAUAGACAAGGAUCUGACUCCAUGUUUCAGAAGGCUCGAUUUAUUAUUUUAUUAUAUAUAUUAUAUUAAAACUAUACUAAAAGAAUAAAAGAAAGGAUUUCAUCAGAAGGCUAGCUAAGAAUAGAAUAGCAAAGAAUGAUAACCAAGGCUUGUGGCUUGAACUCUCUGUCCGAGCCAGCUCACUGUGAUUGGCCAUUAAUUAGAAACAACCAACAUGGGCCAAUCAAAGAUCCACCUGUUGCAUUCCACAGCAGCAGAUAACCAUUGUUUACAUUUUGUUCCUGAGGCCUCUCAUCUUCUCAGGAGGAAAAAUCCUAAGGAAAGGAUUUUUCAUAAAAGAUGUCUGUGACAUAUCACCCUUUUUGUUUUAGUUAAAUUAAAAAGGAAAGUGUUUGUAAUUUCGUCUGCCAUACCCAUGCAGAGGAAAGAAAAAACACUUGAAGGGUUAUCUGUUGCCAAUGAAAAACCUCAAUCAAGUGCUGAUGUGGAAUGAUCAGGGAAAUUCUUCACUUGGAGAACAGAAAAUUCUACCAUAUCACUAAAACAAUCUUACAAUAUAAGAAAAUGCAAAAACAAUGCAAAGAAAUUCAUUGCUUCAACUCCAAACAGCUGAGUUUCAGGAGAAAGUCCAUGGACUGAAGAUGUUCUUCUUUGACAUUUCUGAAAGUCCCUUUUGGUCCUGAAACAGGCUUGCAGAAUCCUGAAACAACAAAUUGCUGAAGAAUAAUCAUCAAUAAUUAUCAAAAAUCCAUUGACAGUUAUCAAACAAUUUUGAGAAAAUUUCUUUAAUGUCUUGGCCACACCCCUUUAUGGAACCACUUGUAAUUUUUUGCUCUACAAUGCUUAUGAGCUGCUACUAGCUCUUUCAACUUUUUUUUUUUUUUCUGGAAAGAGCAGCAGCAGCAGAGAGGAGCCUGAGAGGCCCUGAGUGGGCCCUGGCCACCGUGGAAGGAUCAGGAACCCCAGACCUGCCCCACAGAACAGUGGUCCAGGUCCUGACAGGGGAAGCAAAGCCCCCAAACCCAACAGCCGGCUGGGCAGUGGCCCUGGCCCAGGGAACCGAGCCAAACAGCCAGGCCUGGCCUGCGAGGGGGGCUCUGUGUUGUCACAGCCUGGCACCACAGUGCCAGUGCAAUGGCAGAGCAAGUGACCAAACGCUUCCUUCCCCCAAAAUCACCAAUGCAUGCUGGCAGUGGGGGGACAGAAGCUGUCCCGAGAAUCUCCAUCUCGGGUGUGGGAAUGUUUGUUCCCCACAGAAAACAAGAGAUGAUGGUUUUUCGCCAUUCCCUCUGCCUCUGCAAUGCAAAUGCAAAAGGUGUUCCUCCCAUCUGCCUCCCAGUACCACCCCCACCCCAUCUGGCUGGGGACCAAAGGCAGAACUUUCAGGACCCACCUUCCCCUCGCCACUGGGGCGCGCAGGACAGCAGGGAGAUUCGCACCCCCCAAGGGGAAACAACCGACCAAACACCCCCCAACCCACCAAGAACGCUGAGCUAGAAAGAAGGCAGCCGGGCUGCACCCGCACUCAGCUGUUGAGCCAUCGGCCGGGGACGGUCUGAGCUCGGAUAUGCCGCCGGUUCCAGGGCAGCCUCUGACGCAGACAUGGAGGAUGGAGUUCCCGAAGGCGGCAGAACUGCCGGGGCGUCUGGUGGGGGCGGCGAGGCCAGAGAGAGUGCAGUUGCAGCAGGCUGCAGGGGAGGACGAGGGCAGCGGCGCCGGGUCUCUGGUCUCAACUGCAACCUCCGGCAUUGGCACUGCGGGCAAAGGCAGGGCCACCACGAGCAGGGCUAUGGGGACCCACAUGGGGUCAGCUCUUGGUGCAUCCGCAGGCGGCUCAGCCUCGGACACACGCUGGCAGCAACUGCCAUUGUCACUGAGUGCGUCGCCUAGCAACACAGGCGCAGCCGCGGGAAGCGGUGGAAGCGGUGCCUGAGCGCUGUUGCCUAGAAACACCGGCACAGCCGUGGGAAGCAGUGGAAAGCAGUGUGUCUGAGCUCACAGACACAGGCGGGCCGCCGCACCCACAGGCUCUGAUGGAGGGAAGGGAGAGGCCAUGUGGGGAAGCGCCCGCACCCGCGGGGAGGGUUGGGGAAGCCCUACAAAUUCGGGAGCUGGGACCUCGUGCACCGACGCCGCCCCCAGGUCUGAGCGAUGCGAGGUCCAAGAGGCUGGCCGGGGCGAUGCCUGCACGGCUUCCAGUGACAGCUCAGCCCACUCAAAACUCCUCUGAGAGCAACGGAGGACAGAAAAAGUGGCUCCAUCUGAGCAUUCUCCAAAAAUGCAGGGGAAAAACUUCUUCGGCUUCGGGCAAGACUUCACGCCUCUGCUGUGAGCCAGGGAGACUGGGAAGCAGCAGAUCGUCUCCCCAAAAAGGAACUUCUCCCGCGGGAAUUUGGGGGAAUAGGGCUUGCCUCCUGCAGUCAGCAAUCCAGGGAAAGGCAGCCCCUCUCUGUUUCAAAACCAGGAAGAGUGCCCUGAACAUAGGAUAAAUGCGGGGGUACCCGAAUCCACGGUUCAAAACGGCUUGGAAAAUGGAUUCCAUGCAUUCCCAUUCAAGCAUAUCAAGGGCAUAGAGCACAUUCAUAAAAACCCAAAGAACUUUGCCCAUCGAAAAAAACUCAUACAAAUAUCUCUCCAACAGGGGAAUUCACCCCAUUUUUGCCAGAGGGCAAUAAGUUUCUCCUCUGAGGGGGAGAAAUGAACAUCUGCCUCUCUGGGAGAGGUCCCCCACAUGUGCAGCCACAAUCUGCGCAUGGCAGCACCUUCAGGAAAGGAAAAGCUAACAGUACCUUGUGACAGUGUCCAGCACACUCUGGCCAGCUGCUUGGUCCUUCUAGGCUUUCCAAACACCUUCCCGGAGGCUUUGCAAAAGGUUCUCUCUGUGAUUAGCCUUGCUGUGAACUCUGUCCAAAUCAGGAUCUUCAGUUCGUCAGCUCCUGGCUAGAGUCCACUUCUGUGGUCACUUGUGAGGUGACCAUUAAUGCCACAUACCCAGGGUUUACCCAGAAGUACCAAUGCUUCUCUGGUGGUCUCACCAAGUGAUAAAUUUCUUCCUCAUUCACUUGAGGGUCACCAUCUGUGACAGUGGUCACGGGACUUUUCAGAUGAAGGGAGAGAUGAGAAUGUUGACUCCAUGUUCAGAAGGCUGGAUUUAUUAUAUUAUUAUAUAUACAUUACAUUAUAACUAUACUAAAAAGAAAUAGAAGGAAAGGUUUCCUCAGAAGCUACCUAAAUGAAGAAUAAAAAAGAAUUAAUGACAAAGGCAGCAGGCUCGGACAGAGAACGAGAGCCAAUUCUGCAGUGACUGGUCAAUAAAUGCAAACAUCUACAAGAGACCAAUCACGAAUCCACCUGUUGCAUUCCACAACAGCAGAUAACCAUUGUUUACAUUCUGUUUCGGAGGCCUCAGCUCCUCAGAAGACCAAAAAUCCUAAAGAAAAGAUUUUAACAAAAAUGUGUCUGUGACAACUGGUAAAAUCUUAGGUGGUCCAUCCACCCAUAGAUGAGGUCUCCAAAUUUGCCCCAAAAGUGGGUCCAGCUUUUAUAGGGCAAAAAGAGCAAGUCCAAGUGACUGGAUGAUAUUUUUUGGCCGGGAUAGCCCUUCAGCUGACGGCACACUUCACAAUCAGCCGGGGACACAACUAGGCCAAAGCCCAGACCUCUGCUGGGAAGCUUUCUCUUCAAACACCCUUCAAACAAGCCUCCAUGCAAGUCAGUUGGGAAAGGUUUUUCAAAUUAUACAUUUCUGGCGCCUAACUACACAGGGUUAUGUGAAAGAUUCUAAAGCAGCCGCUCUGGAGUCAAAGAGCCAGCCCUAAGAGUCCUUGUCAUCUAUUUGUAGCUAAAUCCCACUUUGGGGGAGUUGAAGGAAUUUGGAACGAGCUAGAGAGCAGACCACUGAGUUUUUUAGAUGAUGCCAUUGCUUUUUCUUCUCUUCUACAUAGGCAGGAAGGGUGAGUUGGGCUCACAUCUCCACCGCAUGGCUCACAGGGCCGCAAGACUUGUAGUUACAAGAGCUUUGAAGGAUUUCUUGGCCAAGAAGACACGGCCAACAAGGAUUUUUAUGUUUUGGACCCAAUCUUCAAGAUUUCAUCUUACGGACUCAUGCUCUCCGAGUCUCUAGCUGGUCAGAGUGACCCCGAGAUAAGUUAGAAAGUCUCUUUUCCCAGCCCGGUGGUCGAAGAAGGAGUCAGAGCCCUUCAUUUGUCAGUCUCAAGGUUGUUUAUUGCAUCUUAUCGAUAAAAUUCUUUCUCCUGUCCUGCCGAGGUCCGCUCAGCAAGACAGUCUAAGGCACUCUGCCUCCCCUGGGGUGGUGUUAUCUUUUUAUACUAAAAACUACCUGUACAAUAUUUACAAUUACUUUCCAAUCCCUAUCAUCUAUGUUAGACAGUGAGCUUCUGCUCUAGACCAAUCUCAAAUGCCAACAUCACAGCAGAAGAGGGAGGCCAAGAAGAAGGAGAAAGGCUGGACAUGCCCAGAUUCCUCCAUCUUGCCCCCUGAAGCCCCAUUCUAAAAACCCUCAAAAUCUAGUUUUCCACUCUGGGAUAAAUUCACUAUCAUUCUACUUCAA